UUUUUUUAUCUUUUAACGCGUUGUAACAUAUCAAGGUGGUAGUUGUAACGUGUUGUAACGUAUUGUAACUUGUUGUAACGCAUUGUCAGUAAAAAAAAAACGCAUUGUCAGUGAAGAAAAUGUUUUUUUUUUAUCUUUUAACGCGUUGUAACAUAUCAAGGUGGUAGUUGUAACGUGUUGUAACGUAUUGUAACUUGUUGUAACGCAUUGUCAGUAAAAAAAAUGUUUUUUUUUAUCCUUUAACGCGUUGUAACAUAUCAAGGUGGUAGUUGUAACGUGUUGUAACGUAUUGUAACUUGUUGUAACGCAUUGUCAGUGAAAAAAAUGUUUUUUUUAUCUUUUAACGCGUUGUAACAUAUCAAGGUGGUAGUUGUAACGUGUUGUAACGUAUUGUAACUUGUUGUAACGCAUUGUCAGUGAAGAAAAUGUUUUUUUUUUAUCUUUUAACGCGUUGUAACAUAUCAAGGUGGUAGUUGUAACGUGUUGUAACGUAUUGUAACUUGUUGUAACGCAUUGUCAGUGAAAAAAAUGUUUUUUUUUAUCUUUUAACGCGUUGUAACAUAUCAAGGUGGUAGUUGUAACGUGUUGUAACGUAUUGUAACUUGUUGUAACGCAUUGUCAGUGAAGAAAAUGUGUUUUUUUUCUUUUAACGCGUUGUAACAUAUCAAGGUGGUAGUUGUAACGUGUUGUAACGUAUUGUAACUUGUUGUAACGUAGUUCUAAAAAAGGUGCACUGAACUACAUUUGUAGGUGUCGAAAAUAGCUUCCCAGAUAGAAAUGUGCGGUUGCGUUUUUAUCAAAAAUGGUACCAAAUUUUGCUCGCCGGUCAGUAUCCCAUGAAAGAAAAGAAAUUGUUGCUGGUAGGUCCUCCUGAUAGUGGAAAGACUAGUUGGUUUGCUCCAUUUCAAGGUAAUUAAAUAAAGUUCGUGAAAACUUCUGACUUUUAGACGGCACUUACUGACAUACAUUUGUCCUUUUAGGCAUUAUUCCAGAAAUGUACAUUGCUGGCGUGGUUCGGGAUGGUCGAUUCUCAGGCCACCUGAUAAAUAGAAAUACACAAGUCGUAUUUAUGGAUGAAUGGACUAGCGACAGUCUAUGUUGUGAAGAUGCAAAAAGAAUAUUGCAAGGUAAGUCGAUGUCGAUGCAGUACAUGAACAUUUACUUUGAAUAAAAUGUGGCAAUGUGCAGAUGGGAUACCACUUUCUCUUAUAGGCGGCUUGGUUAUGAUCCCGCAAAAACACAAAGAACCGGCCCGUUUUCAAUACAAUUCGGGUUUUUUUAUAACAACUAAUAUAAUGCCGGACUUCGGAAAUGGUGUAGAUGGUGAGGCUAUCCUGCGUCGUCUUGAAGUUUUCGAAACUAAGACACUUCGAGUGAAGGACAAUAGCAUAACAAAGUGGAUGAGAAUGCACUGCAUGGAAAUAUUUGUGUACGUUGCCAGCCAGUUGAAAGACAUCUCGCUUUUCACCAGCGAAACCAAUGUUGCGAAGAAAAAUCAAGUAGGCGCUGUGUACAACGACGUUGAUUGCGAUCCGUCGGUCUUCUUGGACGAAGAGCAAACAUUGGAAGCAUCUAGCAGUUGUCUAAGCACACGAGUUCAGAUUGAGAAUGCAGUUCCGCAAGAGGCUAUCGACUAUGCCAUUAUUGCGGCCGACGAUAGGGAUGGCAUUUUGUACCAUGCGCUUAACUUUGAUCAUGAACUGUUUGACAUAGAAAACAAGUUACACAGUGCUGAAUAUAUGCGCAAAAUGUACGAGAUAGCCGCUGGGGCAUGGGAGGAAAUCUGCCCAUUAAUUAAUAACGAUGAGACCUUGGUAGCAUUCAAACGCCGUAAAAGGAUCAACUGGCAGGGUAGUGACACGUUCUACGACACGUGGUUGCUUGCUACAAACUCCUGCCGCGAUUGCUUCCCGACAAAAGAAAUGAAGGAGCUCUACCCUGAUUGGGCACAACUAAUUGAGCAAGACGAAGACGAAGGAGAAGGUAGUAGCCACGACCGCGAAGAGAACGAGGAAGAAGAAGAGGAAACAAACGAAGAGGAGGAAGGUCAUAGGGAAGAAGAAGAAACAGAAGAACAUGAAAUCAAUGCUCAGUCGACAAAACCUGUUUCCACUGUUAAGCAAGAAUAUAUGCCGUUUUGUCCAGCAAAUAACAGUACUGCUUUUAUAGACCUCGUGUCAGAUGAUGAAAGUGUUCCUGAAAUUUCUUCAGUAAAAUUAGAGCUAUUUUCCGCAGAUAAUUCAACCACUUCUCUCGAUUGUGGUGUUAUCUGCAUUAGUUCGGACGAAGAAGACAAUUAAAAAAAAACUUUUUUGCGUUUUCCUUCCCUCAUAUCCCACCACAUACUCCUUUUCUAAAGUGACAUGCGAAAAGCGGUUUUCUCUACAGAAAUAGGUUACAAAGCGUUACAACGUGUUACAAGGCGUUACAAUCAGCACGUCCAUGCGUUACAAGGCGUUACAAGAAUCACUCUAGCCAUUUCCAAAAAUUUCACAGUCAUUUUUUCAUGGAAAUAGGUUACAAAGCGUUACAACGUGUUACAAGGCGUUACAAUCAGCAUGUUCAUGCGUUACAAGGCGUUAC